UUAUAAAAACAAAACAUUUGUGCUGAAAUAAAUUUGCCAAUGAGUGAGUGACUGCAUUUUCCAAGUGAUUGGUCAUUUUCUGAGUUCCAUAACCAGAAAACUGAAAACCUUAAACAACAUAAACAUGGCAAUAUGGGUAUUUGGUUACGGUUCUUUGAUCUCAAAAGCUGGUUUUAACUACGAUGAACGUCUUGUUGGUUUCAUCAAAGAUUAUCGACGUGUCUUCUACCAAGGCUCUACUGAUCAUAGAGGAACCCCUGAGUUUCCUGGUAGAACUGUCACAUUGGAGCCUGCUCAAGGAGAAAUUUGUUGGGGAGCUGCUUACAAGAUCACAAAGAAAGAAGAUCAAGAAAUUGCAUUAACAUAUCUGGGAGUGAGGGAGAAGCAAUACGAUCGGAAGGAAUAUGUUGAUGUUUUCACUGAGCUUACUGCUACAACGCCAGCCAUUUCCGGGGCAUUGGUAUAUAUAGCAUCCCCAGACAAGAAGGUUAAUGUAAAUUAUCUAGGUCCUGCGUCUGUUGAAGAGAUUGCAAGGCAAAUUGUUCAAGCUGAAGGUCCCACAGGACCCAACAGAGAGUACCUUUUCCUGCUUGAAAAGGCUCUCCUUCAAAUAGGAUGCCAAGACAAGCAUGUUAUUGAUCUUGCAAAUGAAGUCAGGCGUAUUCUUUCAGAAGAACAAUGAAUGCUUCCUCAGUGUUAUUAGCACCAGACAUUCUGAGACUUUUUAGCAAUCCCUUAUUAAAAUCCAUUGGAAACUUCAAUUCUUUCCAGAAUGUUAUUGGGAGAUAAUAUUUAUCUUUAGCCAUGUCUAUAAUAUUCUCAUGUAAUAUCUUGUUUCUGACUUAAUGCAGCUGAGUAGAAUAACCAACCAUUGCAAAAGUAGAACCCAAUUUCAGUACUUAUUAUAUAAGUGAUUUAUGAUCAAGUUAUUUUGAUGACAAAGGAUAAAAUAAAGUCAAACUUUUUUCAUUUAA